UACGGCCAAGCCAAGCCUUGUUGCUGUUGCGGAACCAACCUAAGAUGGCGGAUAUUUCGACUUGGGAUUUGUGUCGCGUCAAGGGUGAUUUGUGCCGAUCUCGUCGUGAAUGUGCCAUUCGCGGACUCCGACAGAGUGCAAGAUGGGCCUCGGAGCUGGCGUAUGCUUUAAAAGACGUCGUCGUUCAACCAGUGACUCCAGAACCGAGCGAGGACGACGACACAUACCACCUCGCCCGGUCGUAUUUCGACUUGCAAGAGUACGACAGGGUGGCGCAUUUCACUGAAGAUGCCAAGAGCAGUAGGACCAAGUUUCUUCAUUUUUAUUCCAAGUACUUAUCCGGUGAGAAGAAGAGGCUUGACGACGUUGUCGACCCUGUCACUGCUAGCGAUCGCGGUGGAAACCCAGCGUUGAAGGAUCUCCGCGUCGAACUUGAACAGCAGCACAAAGACCUCGACGGCUACUGCCUCUACCUUUACGGAGUGGUGCUCAAACGCUUACAGCUGCACAAGCUAGCUGUAGAUGUGCUCACCGAAGCCGUGCAUCGGGAACCGCUCCAUUGGGGAGCGUGGCUCGAACUGGCUUCGCUGGUCACCGACAAAGAUACGCUCGUCAGCUUACGACUUCCCGAUCACUGGAUGAAGAAAUUCUUCAUCGGUCAUACUUACCUAGAACUGCAGUUGAACGAAGAGGUUCUAGAGAUCUACCACCAGUUACAAAGCAACGGCUUCGAAUCGAGCACCUAUUUAAUGGCGCAAAUAGCGAUAGCCUAUCACAAUAUGAGGAUAGUGGAUCGUGCUAUCCAAGGCUUUCAAGCGUUGCAACGCGUCGAUCCUUACCGGCUGGACAACAUGGACAUUUACUCUAAUCUCCUUUAUGUCAAAGAGCUGCGCGUCGAGCUCAGCCAUUUAGCCCAUCACACCUGCUCCAUCGAUAAAUACAGAGCCGAAACGUGCUGCGUCAUCGGCAACUUCUAUUCCCUGAGGUCUCAGCACGAGAAAGCGGUCCUGUACUUCCAACGUGCCCUGCGGCUGAAUCCAAACUAUUUUGCUGCCUGGACGCUCAUGGGGCACGAGUACAUGGAGAUGAAGAACACCAAUGCAGCCAUUCAGGCGUAUCGCCAGGCCAUUGAAGUGAACAGGCGAGACUACAGGGCUUGGUACGGACUGGGACAGACGUACGAGAUACUGAAAAUGCCAAAUUACUGCCUCUAUUAUUACAGGCAAGCGCAACAGCUACGUCCCAACGACUCCAGAAUGAUGGUCGCCCUCGGAGAAGCCUACGAGAAACUGGACAAGUUCCAGGAGGCGAAGAAGUGCUUCUGGAAAGCGCACGCCGUCGGCGACAUAGAAGGAAUGGCGCUCCUCAAGCUGGCCAAAGUCUACGAACGGCUCAACGAGGACGAAGAGGCGAGGGCCGCUUUUCAGGACUACAUCCGCAGCGGAGACUCUCGGGGCGCGGGCGACAGGGAAGACCAGGCGCACGCCUACCUGUUUCUCGCGAGGUACUGCGUCAAGCGGAACCUUCCAGAAGAGGCGUACGAGUACGCGCACAAGUGCACAGAGUUUCCGGAAACCAAGGAGGACGCGAAGGGGCUCCUCAAGCAGCUCGCGGACACCAGGGUGUCGGACAACGGUUCCAUGCAGGUGGAAAUGCAGGAGGAUUCUCCGGACGUUCGUCUGCCCGGCUGUCCCGGGCCGAACCACAGUGGGACCACGCCGUUCCUGUCCGACGUGUUUCAGUUUCGUACUCCGUUUAAAUGAUGAACGGGAUUUCUAGGGCAGAUUGUUGGUAGUUGUUGUUGUUCCUUUGUGCACCCUAUCAUGAUGAACCUUAUUUAAGAGUUGUCCUUUCGGAGUACUCAUAAUACGAGCAGUGACUGAUGUACAGAUGAGAGCUUAUAUACACAUUUAUGGAACGUGAGGGUUUUGUUUUGGUAUAUUAAAACGUGUCGCGCAGUUUAAGAACUGCAACGGAAAUUUGGCUUUUCCUGC